AUGACAAGAGGAUUUGGGAAGGACACACCCUCGAGUACUCCCCUCAUGACCGAUUCGACGGCUUGCCUCGGCAGCAACGACCAACCGGGAGGGCCGGUACCACUUUACGUCUCUGCCUACUUGAGUCGGUUCCCGUCCUCCGUAAUCCACAAGCUCCGGUAUCGCCUGCUUGUCGAGUCGCUUCUUCACUUAAUCCACUCUCGUCUCGUUCGGCAGGACGCUUUGAGUACUGAAGGCCGGCCGUCGGUCGGCGUCUUCUGGCCUCAUUUCACACCGGCUGAAGCGUGA